AUGGAAACGGACGACGUGUCGGUUCGAGAGCAACUUUUCCACAACCGUGUCCGGGAGACCAUAAUCUGUGUACUCCUGUUUACAUGCCUCUACAUAGUGUCCUACCUCAUACUUACCCACUUCAAGAAGGCUGCCGAGUUUGUCACAGAUGAUAUUGAGGAUGCCACUGUCAACAAAAUUGCGCUGUGGUUGUGUACGUUCACGCUGUCUGUUGCAGUGUGUGCUGUGCUCCUCCUCCCAAUCUCCAUUCUGUCCAACGAGGUGCUGCUCACCUUCCCACAGAGCUACUACAUGCAGUGGCUCAAUGGAUCUCUUAUCCAUGGGUUGUGGAACCUAGUUUUCCUUUUCUCCAAUUUAUCCCUGGUCUUCCUCAUGCCCUUUGCCUACUUCUUCACGGAGUCAGAGGGGUUUGCAGGGUCAAAAAAGGGGGUUAUGGCACGUGUAUACGAAGCAGUGGUGCUGCUGUUGCUGUUGGCUCUGCUUGUCCUGGGCAUUGUGUGGGUGGCAUCAGCCCUCCUCCACGACAACAUAGCCAGGAAGAGCCUCUACGACCUGUGGGAGUAUUACCUUCCCUACCUGUACUCGGGCAUCUCUCUUUUUGGAGUACUGCUGCUUUUGUUGUGCACUCCCUUUGGAUUGUCCCGAAUGUUCAGUGUAACUGGCAGCCUGUUGGUCAAACCACGGCUGUUGGAAGAUGUAGAAGACACUUUGAGCUGCACCACAUUUGAGGAAGACUCACUCUCCAGGAAGCUGAACUCUGGCAGUACGUCAUGCUGGGUCAAGCUGAACAUGGAGGCAAUGAGAAAAGAGUACCAAACAGUUCAGAGCAAGCGCAUCGCCCUUGAGAUGCGUAGGAAAGCGUCCCCAUGGCAGCGAAACUUGGGCUAUCCCCUGGCUAUGCUUAUGCUCCUCGCACUGACGAUGAUGUGUGUGCUGAUGGUCUGCUUCAAUGUGUUGGAGUUGCUGCUGGAUGAAACGGCUAUGCCCAGAGGAAUGGAGGACCCUCACCUGGGGAUGGCCUCCUUCUCCAUGUUUGGCUCACUAGGCGCUGCAGUUCAAGUAGUCCUUAUCCUCUAUCUGAUGGUGUCCUCAGUGGUGGGCUUCUACAGCUCCCCUCUCUUCACUAGCCUCAUGCCUCGUGCACAGGACACCAACCUUACACAGAUCAUUGCAAACUGCGUGUCACUGCUCAUCCUGAGCUCAGCACUGCCGGUCUUUUCACGCACACUUGGGAUCACCCGCUUUGAUCUUCUGGGAGAUUAUGGUCGGUAUAACUGGCUUGGGAACUUCUACAUUGUCUUCCUGUACAACAUGAUGUUUGCUGGCCUCACCUCUGCCUCCCUGAUCAAGACAGUCACCUGGGCAGUGCAGAGAGAACUCAUCCGGGCAUUUGGUCUCCACAGACUGCCUUUAACUGUGUCGCGCUCCACCAUCCCCUUCAGACUCCUGCUGGCCAGUGGACUGUCCAAAAUCCAGUGACUUUUCCUCCUCGCCACCUUUAAGACACAGUCACUUCAAAUGUGCACCUAUUGGAUUAAAGCGUUUGCAAUUUAAUCCCUUUGCCAGUUGGUGCAUUGGUUGGGGCACUCCAUGUGAAGAGACUGGAGAAGAUGAGUCUUUUUGCAGCUCUGCCUGAAGUUGUGUUGAUUGACCAACAUAUCAUGGUCCAAUUUUGUUCAGUUAUGUGACUGCAAGGGGUUAGCUGAGUCAUAGUUACAACUGGAAUGAUGGGAAAAGGGAUUUAAGCCAUAGUGGACAUUGACAGGGUGUGCCCCCCCCUACAAAACCCGAUGGAAAGAGGAUCCACUCGUUCUGUUGACACAUGUGAAAGUCAGCAGAGUUAUUUUGAAAUAUCACAUUGUAAGUGUGACAUAAUUUCCUCUUCCUGUUCCAGGUCGAUUGAGUGCUCUCUCUUUCUUUGUGGCUCCCCCACACUUUCCUCUCUUAGGUUGUAUCACUAUUUUAAGAUUGGGAAUCUUACUUCCAUGUGUUUGGUUCAGUCUGCGCCAGUGUUAUGUUCAUUAAUGAGAGGAAGUUGGGAGAAAAGAGGACACAGAGUACCUUGUCUGUCUAUGGAUCUGUAGGUUACACAGGGAAUAUGAGAGUGAGGUCAUUGUCUCAGUUUUAAAGCUCUUUUACAAACUCAGUUUGGUAGAAUUAAGAGCAUUUUCUGCAGUGAUUUCACUUUGAGCAAGGUUUUUACUUCUGUAGAUGACAGUUAGCUUACAGAGUCUAAAGAUUACUCAUUGAUUUAUAAAACAAUAGACUAAAAGAUAGCUUUAUGUCUUAUGCAAGACAUUUGAAUGCCAUGUGACACUCACUUGGAGGAACUUCUGCCUUUGACCAAUCAAGCUGUGAAUUAUUAAGAAUUUGUGUUGGGAAGUGCAAUAUUUUGUGAGCAAAAGCACACUUUUUAACUUUACCAAAUGUAACUUCUAAGUUUCUUGUAACUUUCUUUUAAUUUUCUGUUAAGUAUUUAUUUCAUCUCAUUGCUCUUUGUUGGAUGUUGGGUGAAUGUUUAGAAUAGUUUCAGAAUGUUUUCAAAAAGCUUAUGUGACUGUCAAUCCAUGCAAUCUUUACCAGUGUCAGGUUAUUCUUUGUUUUAAAAAUCAAUUUCUAUAAUGUCUAUCAGCUGUAUCUCAUCAUGGUGAUCUUGUGUCACCGUUUGCCUUUGCUGCUGUAUCAGCAGGUUAUUUUAGUUUGCCCAGCAGGGGGCAGUGUCUCUCAAAUCCAACACCAGCCUCUGUGUUGCGUGACACCCUCUCUCUGGUUAGAUAUAUGUAUUAUAUAACGAGCACUCUGAGGUUUACUCAUUUCACUUUUUCUGGGAAUUUUAUUUUGGUUUUGGGAACACAAAUUUUAUAAUGUACUGUUUUUGUCAUUAUUUAUGGGCAUUUGGGGAUCUAUACUUCACAUAUCGGGUCAUAACUCUUAGGAUUUUUAACAGUUGUUAAAAAUGUUGAAUGUGAUGCAGUUGAGACAAAAAAAUCUUUAGAGUUGGUCUCAAAGAUAAAAAAUAGUGUCCUGUUUACCUUUUGAAAUGCUCUGAUUCAGGUUUUUCUAAACUGAAUUUUUAACCAUUGUUUGAUGAGAAGAAAGCAAUAAAAAUCAUCCUGUUUUUAAA